AUUGUUUGUUUUUCAUACUGUUAGUUUGAGAUAUUAUAGUUAUUACAACAUAAGUCGCUAUGGCAAGUAGUCUCCGAUGCAUGCCACCCGAUCGCGAUACUAGAAGAAAACAGAAAUUUCGUUCAUUGAAGCGAAGCGUUCAGUUCGCAAGUAACAGACGGUGGUGUUUCUUUGCUGAGUUUGAUAACGUCCCAAAAGAAAUCACCAAUGCUUCUGUACAAAAGCUGUGCAGUGAAUAUGGAAAUAUCACUACUGUACAAGGGCUCGACAAUUUCCAAACGACGGCGAAUACAAGAAAAUUAUCGGUAGGCUUCGCUUCUCCCUUGUGUGCCUUCGCUGCACAAGAAGCCCUGAAUAAUUACGAUAUUGGAAAAGACGCUUCAUUAGGACGAGUCCAUUUGUUACGCGUACGGCACAAUCCUGGCCGAAAAUCGUACGUGGCUGAAGGUAAAAAACACAAGUGUGAAGAAGACGAUUCUCAUCAAAAACAACGACUUGAAGAAUUAUCUCAAAUUCAUGUUGAAAAUUGCCAUAUCCCGCUGAGUAAAGUCUUGAUUAAAACAAUGAGAAGCCUCAAUAUAAAUAUAAAACGUCAAGAGGGUACAACGUCAUCAACAGAGAUGCAACGAGUUCGGGGGAUUUUGCAGCAGUUUCAAGAGAAUAUCGAGGCAUUGUCAGAUUAAGAAGUGUAACCGAAGUUUAUAGAGUCAAAUUGAAUUUCAAUAAGAGAAAAAAUCACUAUUUCGACUGCACGGAUUAUGUUUUAACAGUGUGAGCUCUGAGCUUAUUUUCAUUUUUCUGUUUUAUUUACAUGCUUAAGAAAUACAUAUUCUUUCAAUUGGCCAUGUUAUAAUACAAUUCACAUAAUUUA